AACCACUUACCAUGGAAGUCAUCACUGCCAGCAACCUAUCAUCUUUCAAGCUUUUCCUCAUACCCACGCACCCAGCCAAUACUACACCCACACUGCUGGCAUCCUGGAAACCAGAAUCAUCUCUCUUUGCUAAAGAUGGCCAUGAAUUCCCCCCAAUCACCGCCACCCGAUCACUCCUAUCUAUCGAUGAUCAACAGCUCAUCUCUUCACAUUCGCUCGACCAUGCAGAAGGUUCUGUAUUCCUCCUUCAUCAACUCCAUUUCUCACCAUCCAGCUCUCUUCCCGACCCGGCAUCUCCUGAUCAUCUCAGCCCCUCUUUCUCCCAUAAUACACCUGAUACAUCUUCUUGUCCAACUCCCUCUCCUAUCAUACCCACACAAAAUGUAUCUGUAACUCUCCAUCCUUUGCAUCUCCUCACUACAUCAUCUUCCGUCUCUGUGUCCCUUCACUACCUCCAUCAUCAAAAAACUAUUCUCCAUGCAUCCCAAAACGGUGACCUUUUCCUCUUCGACCCCCACCUCCUCGACCCUUCUAACGUACCUUCUACUCCUAUCAUCACUACUUGGAACCUUCAGCAGUCACUUACCUCUUGCUCACCCAGUCCGGACCAAUCUCUUCUCUCUGUCGUUGGACCAAAAGGCACCCUCCUCACUGUCUAUGACCUCCAGUCCCAAAAACAAUACUGGAAAUCCAAAUCUCCUCCUCAUGAUUCUCUCGACAUGCCCUCUCCUAUCUGGGAUCUCGAUUCCAACUGGAUCGACCAAAAUCUUAUCGUCGCUGUUACCUCCUACGGACACAUCCGUAUUUAUGAUAUCCGUACCAAGCGUCAACCUAUAUUUUCAUAUUCUCUCACAGAUGAACGCGCUUCCUACCUCAGUUAUUUAAAACAUCAAAGACUCACCAAACAGGAUCAUGUCGACUCCCUUCAGCGAGUUGUUCUCUCGCCCUUUGACCAUACCCAAGCUGUCAUCUCUACCAAUCGUGGCGAUGUUAUGCUUGUUGACAUAGACCAUACUAAAAACCUAAAAAAACGGGUUAUCAAAAGACUGAAAGGAAUCACUGCAUCUGUUCAAGAUGUAAAAUACUGCCCACAUGAACCUAAUAAUCUAGUCCUAACCGGAUUCGACAGAUACUUAAGAAUAUAUGAUUCGAAAAUGUAUAACAGCUUAAGCAAUGUCUACACCAAGUUGAUUCAAAAUAGGAUUUGCUUUAGCAAUGUUGUUCCAAUGUGCUUUAAAGUAUCAGAAGCUCGAAAAGAUGCUAAGGAGAAUUUAAUCCACGAAAAAGAUAAUGAAUACGAUGCCAUAUGGGAGAACUUACCCGUUUCCAACAAAAAGAGUAAAGUAAAUAAAUAG